UCUCCCUGGCCCUAGUAAUCGGGUUCUCAUACUCCAUUCUAAACGUUUUGGCUGUUCCCAAGAGAGAACCCUGGCAGGCAAAGUCAAACAAGGACCACAUCUCCUGCAGGUUGUUCUGCACCGGCGUGCCCGUGAGGAGGAUGCGAUGCCUCGCGGGAAUCGCGUACACGCACUUGGUCGUUUUGUUAGACGGGCACUUGAUUUUAUGCGCUUCGUCGAGGAUGAUGUAGUCCCAGACAAAAUCCUGCUCCUGGCAGCUGGCGAGCUGCUUCCAGUUGUUGAUGAGCAUCUGGUAGCUCGUGACGACAAUGCCGUUCCUCCUCCGGACCCUCUCCAGGUUCCUGGUGCGCUCUGCCUUGCUGCUGCCGUGGAACUCCUUGACGCGCAGGCCGGGGGUCCAGCGGGCGAACUCGGCCAGCCAGCUGCUGACCAGGGUGGUGGGCAUGAUGAGCAGGACGUGCUGGAUGAGCUCGCCAUCGAACAUCCCCGAGAGGAAGGCGAUGAUCUGGAUGGUCUUCCCCAGCCCCAUAGUCAUCGGCCAGGAUGCCGCCGGGCCGCCCGUCCCGGUGCAGGCUGUACAAGAAGGCGACUCCCUCGCGCUGGUGCUGGAAGAGCUUCGCGUGCAGCUCGCCGUAGAGCAUCAGCCCGCUGCCGCACACAUCCACGAAGCGGCCUUCCUCCUCAUCCUCACCCUCCUCAUCCUCCUCCUGCUCCGCCAGCUGCGCCAGCGCCUCCUCCAGCCUCUGCAUGCGGCCGCGGAGCUUCUCGCUGGGGCGGAUGGCAGCCGCCCGCUGGAACAGCCGCAGCGCUGCCUCCAGGUCCCCGCUGCCCGCUGCCUCCUUGGCACCGCUCACCAGCCUGCGGGGACGGGAACGGCGUCAGCACCGGCACCGGGACCCAAACCGGCACCGGGGGUCCCAGCCCCACCACCCCCAGCACCCCGCUCACCGCCGGUACUCCCGAUCCUGAUCCCGGUCCCGAUCCUGGUUCUGUUCCAGAUCCCGCUCCCGGUUCUGCUCCCGGUCCUGAUCCUGAUCCCGGUCCCGGUCCCGAUCCCGGUUCGGGUCCCGGUCCCGCCCCGGCCCCUCCAUGGCUCCAGCGCCGCCGCCGCCACCGCGCGCGCUUCAAACCGCGCCACUUCCCGUCCUACCCCGCGCUGUAUGCAAAUGAGCACCCGCCUCGCCCAAUCAUCUCCCCGCUUGGGGGCGUGGCUUCCCGUAGCCCCGCCCACCUCCGCACCUCCUUCUCGCUCCUCCCGCCGGCAGAGGGCAGUGCGGCGGGUGGGCGGGUAGCGAGCGGGGGGCGGGCUCCGCCGCGGGGUCGCCGGGAGACGGGGGGCGCCGCCGCCAUGGAGCCGCCCGCCGCGGGCCGGGGCCUGGCCGGGAGGGGGCGGCGGGGGGCACCGGGGGCCGUGCGGGGCCUGCCCGGGGCGGAGGUGCGGGGGGGGCGGCGGGAGCCGUGCGUGCUCAGCCUGGCGCAGCGGGGAGGCCGCUACGGGAUCCUUAUCCAGUGGCAGGACAGGGAGGGCGCGGAGCCGGAUUACAUCCCCAUCAACAGCCGCUUUAAGUGCGUGCAAGAGGCAGAAGAAACCCUGCUGAUUGACAUAGCUACAAACACAGGCUGCAAGAUCCGGAUACAAGGGGACAAGGCAGCUGAGCGACUCUUUGAAUUCCCUGAGGAGGAGCGCUGCUUGGGAUUCCUCGCAGAGGUGCAGAGCAUACAGGAGGCUCAGUUAAAAUCUUCUCUUCCCGACCAUAAGGACUCAGCCAGCUGGCAUCAGGUGGAGAAGAACCUCCCAAGCCUUUCGCAGGCCUCUCCUUCAGGAGCUCUGGGGUUUGAGGAUGACUUCAAUGCUAUGAGCCUAGAGAAGAAAAGAAACAUGCAAAACCACCAAACAGGAUCUCGCCGGGAACCCCCACCUCCUCCUGUGCCUCCAAGUAGGCAAUUUCACCGAGAGAGAGAAAGCGCAGCGAGGGAGCAGCCAAAAGUAACCAACACUAUGCGCAAAAUAUUUAUGCCCAACACCCAGACAGGACAGAGAGAAGGCCUCAUCAAACAUGUGCUUGCCAGGAGAGAGAAGGAGUACGUCCACCUCGAGAACUUCAGGUUCUUUGUGGGAACGUGGAACGUGAACGGGCAGUCCCCAGACAGCAGCUUGGAGCCCUGGCUGGCAUGCGACACGGAGCCUCCAGACUUGUAUUGCAUCGGGUUCCAGGAGCUGGACCUCAGCACGGAGGCUUUUUUCUACUUUGAUUCUUCAAAGGAGCAAGAGUGGCUGGUUGCUGUGGAGAAGUCCCUGCACCCUCAGGCUAAGUAUAAGAAAGUGCAGAUGGUCCGUCUGGUUGGAAUGAUGCUGCUCGUGUUUGCGAGGAAGGAUCAGCUGAGUAACAUCAGAGAGAUCAUGACAGAGUCUGUGGGCACUGGAAUCAUGGGGAAGAUGGGCAACAAGGGCGGCGUGGCGGUGAGAUUCGUGUUCCACAACACGACCUUCUGCGUUGUCAAUUCCCACUUGGCUGCUCACGUGGAGGACUUCGAGCGCCGAAAUCAGGAUUAUAAGGAUAUCUGUGCUCGGAUGUGCUUUGUAACCCCUGAUGAUACGCUACCUCAGCUCAACAUCAUGAAACAUGAUGUUGUCAUCUGGCUAGGAGACUUGAACUACAGGCUUUGUAUCCCUGAUGCCAGUGAGGUGAAAAGUCUUAUCAGUAAGAAUGAGCUUCAGAAAUUGUUGACGUAUGACCAGCUGAAUAUUCAGCGUAUUCAUAAGAAAGCAUUUGCAGAUUUCAUUGAGGGAGAGAUUAAAUUCAUCCCCACGUACAAAUACGAUUCUAAAACAGAUCGCUGGGAUUCCAGUGGAAAGUGUCGUGUGCCAGCAUGGUGUGACCGAAUCCUUUGGAGGGGCGGGAACAUAAAUCAGCUCUGCUAUCGCAGCCACAUGGACCUGAAGACCAGUGACCACAAGCCAGUCAGCGCGCUCUUCCACAUCGGGGUAAAGGUUGUGGAUGACCAGAGGUAUCGAAAGGUGUUUGAAGAUAUCGUUCGUAUGAUGGACAGAAUGGAGAACGACUUCCUUCCUUCGCUGGAGCUAAGCAGGAGAGAAUUUGACUUUGAGAAUGUAAAGUUCCGUCAGCUGCAGAAGCAGAAGUUCCAGAUAACCAACAACGGGCAGGUCACCUGUCACUUCUCCUUCAUCCCAAAGCUCAACGACAGGCAGUACUGCAAGCCAUGGCUUCGGGCUGAGCCUUGUGAAGGUUACUUGGAGCCAAAUGAGAGCGUGGACAUCUCCCUGGAUGUGUACGUCAGUAAGGACUCCGUAACCCUUCUGAACUCGGGCGAGGAUAAAAUUGAGGAUAUUCUUGUCCUUCACUUGGACCGGGGGAAGGACUAUUUCCUCACCAUCAGUGGGAGCUACCUGCCCAGCUGCUUUGGCACCUCCCUAGAGGCUUUGUGCCGGAUGAGACAACCCAUCCGAGAAGUUCCAGUCACCAAACUCAUUGACCUGGGAGAAGACAGCUUCUUAGAAAAGGAGAAAUCCGCACUGCAGAUCGGCAUCCUCAACAGCGAGGACGCAGGCGAGAUGCCGCUGCAGGUGCCCAAGGAGAUCUGGCUCUUGGUGGACCACUUGUUCAAGCACGCUUGCCACCAGGAGGACCUGUUCCAGACUCCGGGCAUGCAAGAUGAGCUGCAGCAGAUCAUCGACUGCCUGGACACCAGUAUCCCCGAGACAAUCCCGGGCAGUAACCACUCGGUGGCCGAAGCACUCCUCAUCUUCCUGGAGGCUCUGCCAGAGCCGGUGAUCUGCUACGAGAUGUAUCAGCGCUGCCUCGACUGGUCGCACGACAGCCGGCUCUGCCGCCAGGUGAUUUCUCAGCUGCCCCGCUGCCACCGCAGCGUCUUUCGGUACCUAAUGUCGUUCCUCCGAGAGCUGCUCAAAUACUCGGACGACAACAACGUCACCGCCACCAUGAUCGCCACCUUGUUCACCAGCCUCCUCCUGCGGCCUCCACCCAACCUGCUGGCGAAGCAGACCCAGCAGGACCGCCAGCGUGCCAUCAACUUCCUCUACGGCUUCUUGCUCGCCGGGGACGAGGAGUGACCCCUGCCCCCCUGCCAAAGCCGGGGGGGGCUCCCUGCUGCCGGCCUCGUGCCCGGGCUGCGCCUCCCCAAAGGGCAGAAGGCUCCGAGCUCCUCUGAGGGCCGUGUUUAUGGGUGGAAGGGAAGCGUUCUCCUCUCGUUCCCACUGCUGUACCCCGCGCCGCAGAGGACCUGCGUGCUCCUUGCACUGCCAUCCGUCACAGGACCCUUCUGCUUUCUCCCCCGGAGCUUGAGGGGGGGAUCUGCCGCUAGCCAAACGUGGGGCCAGCGGCCCCCUUGCCCCGUAGCCAUGUCGCCGGUUCCCCAGUCCCGUGCUUCUCUCCCCUUUUCACCCCCCGUCUCCCUGGAGGUAGCGCAGGGAAGGGUGGAGGCUGCUGGUGCUGCAUCCCUGUGGGUACUGGCCGCACUGGGGAGAGCCCUGUGCCAUGCAGCAGCCCGGGUUACCCUCCUGGGAUGAGGUUUUGGCAUCCCCUGCUCCGGCCCCUGGGUUUCUGGCACCGGCACCUCGCUCUGCCCUCUCCCCCUGUGCCCCGGCUGCCCCCUGGGCUGUGGGGACUGGUGGCUGAUGUAGGGGAGCCCGGAUCAAGCAGGGCUGGGAGGUGAAGGUUUUAUCCAGGGCAGCCCCUGGGCACGGCACGGAGCAGGACACGGCUCCUGCCCCCCCAUCCCUGCUGCAGGAUCAGGUUUGAGGGCACCUCCAUCCAUCCUAGGGAAUGGGGAACGAGCCCCAGGUCCCACAGGAGCAGCGUGUUGGUGGUGGGGGGGUGCAGCCGGGGAGGGGAAACCUUCAGGAAGGAAGAUGGGGGUUCAAGGGGGGGGCUGCCCCUGCUCAAACACUAAGCAGAGCCCUGGCUGCGGGGGGGGGAGCUGCCGGGACUCAGCCAGGGUGUAUGGGGACGGUGCCUGUGCCCAGCCCUAUCCCCACGUACCUGGCCACACCGUGUGCUGCCCCGUGUUCCCCGUGCCCUGGCUGAGCAGCCGGGGGCUCCCCGGACCUCGUGGCUCUUAUUAUUUUUUUUUUCUUUUUUUUUUUUUUAAUUUUUAAAUUACAUAAUUUAUUGGGAAUCCAUCUGUUCCAAAUAAAACCUCAGUUGUGCAA